CUUUAACCAUGUUGCCGACGCCGAACUUGGGCUUAUCCUAUCAGGAUCGGCUGACACGGCCCGAAGUUCUAUACGCGUGUCUUUUUGUCCUCUUGGCUGUGACUAGUCUCUGCAUUGCCACACUGCUUCUACCAGCACCGUUCACUCCUGUGUCCAGAGUUAUCUCUUGGGUCCUCAGUAUCUAUUUACAAUUGCAGAAUCCGAUUCAACAUACAGAGACUGGUAGGAGUAUCCCCGGGCCGAAUUACGUGUGGCCCAAUGGACAAGGCGAUGUAGAGAAGGUCUUGACAAGACCCGAGCAGCUGCACGCCAUUUUCAGAGAUUCAGACAAGCAUACGAAAGCCACGAAUAGUGAUUCUGGUUACUUUAUGAGCCGUAUCCUAGGUCAGUGCCUAGGGCUAAUGGCGGGUCAGCGCUGGAAAUUCUUGAAGGGGAUUGCGGCACCACCUUUCAUGCACCCGGCAGCUGUCAGGUCCAUCGGUCGGAUUCAGGAGCAUGUUAGGGCCCACUUCCAUGACCUCGAGAGCAUCGGAAAUUUGAGAGAGGGCCGGAUACACCCCGUUCAGGACCUGAAGAUGCUUCCGUUUUUCAUCGUUGCAGAGGCCAACUAUGGCUCCCUUACACCAGACAUGAAAUCUGAACUCAAUGCCCUCGCACCGGCCCGUGAAAAUCUCAUGAAAUUCGUUCUUUUCGGUGGCCUGGCCCGCUUUAACAUCUCGCGCUUCUUCCCAACGGAAGCCAACCGUCAGCUGCAGCGAUUCCGCUCUCAGUGGCGGGCGUUCAAUCGCGCCGCAUAUGAGCGUGCCCGGGACAAACACCCGUCGGCGAUGGUUGUCCAGAUGUACGACGCCGUGCUCAAGGGCACCCUCAGUGAGGAGCAGGUUGCACAGACAAUGGACGAAACGCUGUACGCCAACCUGGACGUCACAACGGGGGGUCUUUCCUGGAAUCUGGUGUUUUUGGCUGCCAAUCCGGCCUGCCAAGCACGUCUGCACGAGGAAAUAUCCGCGCUGACAACUGCCGAGGAAGAAGGGUAUAUCUCUCGGAACGGAACCUAUCUUGCAGCAUGUGUGCUAGAGUCAUCCCGGCUCCGUCCAGCCCUACCCUUUACCAUCCCGCAGUCUGCGCCAACGGAGCGUGUAGUAGAUGGAUAUCGCAUCCCCGCUGGCACCAAUUAUGUAGUUGAUACCUGGGGACUGAACGUGCGGAAUGAAUUUUGGGCACCCGAUAAUGACACAUAUCGCCCCGAGAGGUUCUUGAACAGCUCGAACACGGAUCUACGGUACCACUUCUGGCGCUUUGGAUUUGGCCCUCGCCAGUGUAUCGGGCGCUACACUGCUGACGUGGUGAUACGGGCCAUCCUGCUGCAUUUGGUCAAGCAUUAUGAGUUGCAGAUGCUCGAGGAAGGGAGUUGGACGCAGGACCCUGAGUGUUGGAUCACGCAUCCAGAUUUGCAAGUGAGCGCUUCGCAACCUCCUGACAAUCCGAACGUCCGAGUCACCUCCGCGGCCUUGCUGCCAGAACCACCGCAAUCUCCCAGCCGCCAACAGGAGCUUCUUGUUCCGGAUGGUGCCUCCACUCGGUACAUCAACGAGGCAUUCCUCUCGCAGAUCCUGGACAAGGAGAAGGCUCUGUACAAAGUCAUAGGGACCCCACGGGAUACAGAUGAAAUCAACGCAGGCUUGCGACCAGAAGGCAUUUUGGCAAGCGCCAGACGGCCUGCGCAUGGGGGUAACGAGCUCGACUUGUCGCGCUGGCAAUCCGCACAGUUAUGGCAGAUAUAUCGCAACAAUGUUGAUCCCGUGGUCAAAAUCCUCCAUCUUCCAACAGUCGAGCCACUGGUGUAUUCGAUUAUGAACGGUGAAGGAUCGGAUGACUGCAGGGCUCUUCUGUUCGCCAUUUACUUUGCAGCAGUGACCAGUCUGGCCGAGGUCGACGCCGCAAACCUCCUCGGGCGCGAUAGGCGAUCCAGCUUGCGAGACUUUCAAGCCCGCUUCGAAAAGGUCAUGAUCGAUGCGGCCUGUCUGGACGCGCCGUCCAUGUUGUCCUUGCAGGCCCUGGCCAUCUAUAUCACAUGCCUCCGCGCACACCGUACAAGUCGAUCUGGAUGGAUCAUCAAUGGAGUCCUCAUCCGUGCUGCCCUGUCGAUCGGCCUCCAUCGCGACGGAACCCAUUUCAAUCUCCCCCCAUUCGACGCUGAGGUUCGCCGGCGCCUCUGGUGGCAGAUCCUAGUUCUAGACUAUCGGGCUGCCGAGGACCACGGUCUCGCAGUACAUGGCUUUGGCAGCCGAUCGGAUACUCGUCUCCCCCUGCACGUCAAUGAUAGUGAUCUGUCACCCGAUCUACGAAUCCUCCCCGGACCACGCGCGAAAUGGACUGAGAUGAGCCUCUUUCUCCUCACAUCGGAGAUUGCCAUCGCCUUUCAGAAGGUAUACCAGAGCACCUUGGGCCAGAGAGACCUCUCCCAGCGUCUCCAAACUGUGCAUGAGCUUACAACCUACCUGGAGAGUACGUACCUGUGCAACUGCGAUACGAACAUUCCCAUCCAGAAGGUCGCGUGGUUGUCCACGCGCUCUCUUCUCUCCAAGUUUGAAUUUUCCGUCUAUCAAGUGGGCCUCAGCAAUGAUCAAUCACAGGAGGCUGUUUCUUCGACUGCGGAACAGACGCUGAUAUCGGCAUGUGCCUGCUUGGAGCAAAGCAUGGAGCUGCAGACAGACGACCUGCUCCGUGGGUUCCGCUGGUUAUUCGCCAGCUACAAUCAGUUCCACUGCCUGAUGUAUCUUCUGUGGCAUCUGUGCGCUCAGCCCGCCGGGCCUCACGUGGUGCGCGUGUGGAAUAUUGUCGACGCUGUCUUCAACAUAACCGAGAAUGACCCAACCCGGCCGGAUCCAGGGCCGACGUGGAAGGUGCUGCGGCACUUACGGGAAAAGGCGAUACAACGGAGAGCGAAUGUCGCAAUGUCCUCGCCGACACAGCCUCGUGGAGCGUCUGAGGAACGUGUACUCGAGUCACGCACGGCUGAAGAGCAUUCGGGGCAGGAUGCGGGAGGCGCAGCGGACGGGUUUGGGGAUCUCUUGGCUCCUCUAGAUCCAAGUUCCUUGACUGACUGGAUCAACCUCUCAGAGAAUUUGGGGAUGUAUCGAUUUGAACCUUAG